AUGAUGCCCGGGCCUCAUGUACCGCCUGCUGUUCCUAUCUAUCAGGGUAGGCGGCAUGGCGAGUACUACCCGCCGCAGACGCACUCCCCCGUCCACAACCCCUACGCCAACUUCCACCCGCAAUACCAUGGCCCACCGCACGCGUCGCCGUACCAGCAGCAGUGGUAUCCCUAUCACCAGCCCCAGCAUCAGCAUCAAUACUCUAUGCCCCCGCGCCAGUACCAGCCCCAGUCCCAUGGCUCGCCCGUAGUCGUGUCGUCGCACCCGCCCAUGCAGCCCGUUGCUCCCGUCAGUCGCCAGCUUGGACAAACGCCGCCCAUUGCCCACUCGAGGACGCCCCCUGUUCCCCGGAACUACACUCCCCAGCAAGCUCCCUCGACUCCCUCAGUGGCAUCACAGGCCCAUGUUUCUCCUCCUUCAACGACAACCACAAUGACGACUCCGGAGCCGCCGCCAUCAGCUUCGUCCCGACCGUCCUUCUCCGCGCCUCCUCCCCCUCAGCCAACACACCGAACUCCUUUCGCGCCUCCUCUACCAUGGCUAUCUGUCCCCGAGUUGCCGUUCCCCCCAAAGGCUUCCAACAAGCGGAGGAGACGGCGUGGUCUGGUAGCUUCGACUGAGGAGGGUCUUGCCUUUCCAGCACGCGAGCAGACAGACACACCAGAGGAGGGAAUCCCAGAGCCGGAGCAGACAGAUGAGCAACCUCUGGUAGAGGAGCCUCCAGCUGUGGAGAGAGCGGCAUCGCCAACUUCUACCGCAGCUCCCGUUUCGGAAUUGGAGACGCCAGCAACAUCACAAGCUCCGUCAGAGGCUGACUCCACACACCCCACCACACCAUCUUCGGUCCUACCCCCUGCUCCUGCACCGCGGCCUGCCGCUCCGUCCUCGCACACGAGGUCUGCCACGAAAACGGCAGUGCCUCUCAUACCCAUUAAACCAGCAGUGCCAAAAGUAGCCCCCAGCGUAACAUCAACUACCCAAAAGUCGGUGACACCUGAGAAGACAGAUAAGCCGGCCAGCGAAGCUCAGCGGUCCGAGAAAUCCGCAGGUUCAGAGCAGACGCCCACAGCCUCACCCCCAGCAUCCAAGCCAGCGCCGAAGUCAUGGGCGGAGUUGCUGCGGAGCAAGCCUGCCCCCGCUACUGCGCAAUCGUUAGCUGUUCAGAACGGUGUCGUGACGCCCAAUGGGUCAGCUAAAAGCAACUCGCUCGGUGACGUUCUUACCUCAUUUUCUGUGGAUGCCAAGAGGAAAUUGGCGUUCCUGCAACCUCGCGGCCUUGUAAAUACUGGGAAUAUGUGCUAUAUGAAUUCGAUUUUGCAAGUUCUUGUUUUCUGCAUUCCUUUCUAUGACUUCUUGGACCAAGUUCACAAACGUGCGGUUCAUAACUUCAAAAGCGAGACUCCUUUGGUUGACGCCAUUACUGUUUUCAUGCGCGAUUUCAGCAUCAUCGAUUCUGCGGACUCCGCCGAGAAGCUCCGACUUCGACUCAAGGAUAAUGAGCUUGAGCAGUACGGCGAUCCAUUGACUCCAGAGUACGUCUACGACGUAAUUCGGAGGUUGCCACGCUUCGAUCACAUGAAGCGAGGGCACCAACAGGAUGCCGAAGAGUUUCUUGGCUUUUUGCUCGCUGGACUACAUGACGAGUGCGCCCAUGUCAUGAAGGGUGCUAGACCUACCAACGGUGCCGAGAGCGCCGAAAUCACAUCUCCAACCAGCGAGAAAUCUGCUCCGGUAGACGGUGGCUGGCUGGAAGUUGGUCCUAAGCAGAAGUCCGCGGUCACACAGUCAUCUGGCACUAUCGAGGUCGAGUCACCAAUCACCAAAAUCUUUGGCGGCAAGCUUCGCUCGGAAUACAAGCGACAUGGGCAGAAGACCACGGUUACUUUGGAGCCGUACCAACCCCUACAACUUGAUAUUGGCGCACCGAACGUCAACAACAUCACUGACGCCCUUCGUGGCUUGACGCAUUUGGAAACCCUCCAAGGGGACUCAAAUGCGCCACAAGGCACUCGAUCGGCAACAAAGCAACUUUUCAUUGAGACACUACCCCCUGUGCUCAUCCUCCAUCUCAAGCGUUUCCUCUACGACGCUACAGGCGGCACCCAAAAGAUCUGGAAGAAGGUCGGCUACCCACUUGAGCUAGAAAUUCCCAAGGAGGUCUUUCCGCCUCACAAACGCAGCGCCUUCGCGGCUCGCGGUGGACUUCCUCGCUACCGUCUCACUGCCGUCGUUUAUCACCAUGGCAAGAACGCCUCAGGCGGCCACUACACCGUUGACGUCCGCCGGCAGGAAGGCCGCGAGUGGAUCCGCAUGGACGACACCGUCAUCCGGCGUAUCCGUGCCGACGUCGUCGCCGAGGGCGGCGCAGAGGAAGAUCCCAAGAUUCUCGCAGCAGCCCUCGAGCAGCACAAGCGCGACUCCAGCCGCUCGCGCAACUUUUACGAGCAGGUGGGUCUGGAGGAGGAAGGUAAGGCCGACGACCAGGGCGGGUGGAGCCAGGUCAACGGCACAGAGAAGACGGAGGGCAGCGGCGCGGGCAAGACGAAGAAGUGGAGCGGUGUCGUCAACGGCACGGCGACGCCCAGCAGCGCGGGCAAGCGGACGCCCACGCCUGCGUCGGCGCGCAAGGAGGGUGUGCGCGAGGGCAAGGUCGCGUAUAUUUUGUUCUAUUCCCGGAUUGAGGCGUGA